GCAACAUCAAUUUUCAUGCUAAGAGCAACGAUGCAAUCAUGGAUACUCUACACAAAGCGUUCUUCUCGAUUUUUAUGAUCACAUGGGGUAUUCUCAUGAUCGUCAACAUUGCCAGCAUUUGUGGCAGGACAGCAAGGACAUUUGGGCGGCUUCGCUUCUGGUCAUUUAUUCCUCUGUGGUUGUACGGGCCAUUGGUCGUGCUCAAUCCAUGGUGGCGGUUGGGACAUUUAGAUAGAGGACGUCAAUUUCUCGGCAUCUGGUUGACAUUAUGGCCUAUCCUCAGUUCAAUGAUUGCGACGACACGCAAGAGUCGAGGAUCGAUGGGCGCAUGGGACUCAUCCCAACGAAGUCGCGGCUGCUUUUACAUCUUAUGCGUCGAUUGGGCGAUCAUUCUCUUCUCAAUUGUGGAAGUCUGCCGGAACCCGAUUCCCACAGGGUCGAAGGAUUGGACGUUCGGGGCAAGCCUAGGGAAAAUCAUGACCAUGUUCACGAUUAUCCUCCUUGUUGGUCAAGACUUUCUAUUGUUCCCCAUUGCCGCGUUCCCUCGCUUCAUCAGCGUUCCAGCGAUCGUCCUUAGACGAUGUUUCCUACCAAUACAGCACAAACCGGUGAAGAGAUGGCCGCAUGACAUCAAUCGACUGUUAUCGCAGAAGGCUUCUGGCCGAGAGAGGUCCUUGUCAAUCAUGCUACAGACCGACAGUAUUGCUGAGCGAGUCGCGAGCCACCUUCAUUACGAUGACAUGGUGAACUUAUCGCUCACAUCCAAAUUGGUGCGUACCGCAGUAUUCUAUCCAUCGAUGGACCCAAACUCUCGUCGGGACCGAAUAGAGUUGCUAUGUGUGGCAUCGUGUCUCAAAGGGAAGAAGAGCGAAUGUUGGUCAUGCGAACGUGUGAUCUGCGAUGCCUGCAAAGCCCCGAAACAACGUAUUCGAGCUUCCCGUAUAAAGGAUCACUUCGCACAUUGCUACGCGGUCUGCACAUUCUGCUACCUGAUCUCCGCACCCGGCGGUGCAGCACCCUUCAAUGCGAAAUGGAACAUGCAAGAUCUCGAGAUGCAGCAUGUCAAUUGCUGUUCUUUCCGGGAGCCGCAAUGGGAGGAUGGUGGUGGAUACUUGUGUCGAUACUGUAUCAAGCUUGACGGGGAGAAACUCACGGAUAUGAGGGAGAAGAGGGAUGAGGAGAAGGUCUACCCGGUGGUGGUUUUGCGGGAAGGGAAGACAUGA